UCUCUUUGAGUGAUCUUCCGAGUGCUUGACCGAUAUCUUUUGGAUGAUGGCUCGAUUGAUUCUUCCGUCCAAGGUUUUGGGAUUGCAGAAGACUUGUUUGUUGGGUUUGAUCUCCUUUUCUCCUAUUCAGGCUACUUUUCGAUCCGGUUCCUUUAGACAAUCUGCUAAGAACUUCUCCAGAUAUAGACAUUGUCUUACUUCAGAGACUGUGUUUAGGAGAACUCAGCGGUAUUGUUAUCCUUCAUUAUCUAGGGCCAACCGGUUGAAUAGGAGGUUAAUUUGCUCAGUUGCUACAGAGUCCGUAUCGAAACAAGCCGACGAGUCUGCAAUGGAUGCACCGAAAGAGAUUUUCUUGAAAGAUUAUCAAUUGCCCGAUUACUAUUUUGAUACGGUUGAUCUGAAAUUCACACUGGGUGAAGAGAAAACUGUUGUACACUCCAAAAUUGCUGUUAAUCCUAGAGAUGGUUCUUCAUCUCCACUAGUCUUGGAUGGUAAAGACAUGGAGCUAGUUUCAGUUAAAGUGAAUGGUGAAUUGCUCAAGGAGGGUGAUGAUUAUCAUUUGGAUUCGCGUCAUCUCAAAAUUCUUUCCCCACCAAGUGACAAUUUUACUUUGGAAAUUGUCAAUGAUAUUUGUCCUCAAAAGAAUACAUCUCUAGAGGGCCUUUACAAAUCGUCUGGUAAUUUCUGUACACAAUGUGAAGCAGAGGGAUUCCGGAAGAUCACAUUCUAUCAGGAUCGUCCCGAUAUUAUGGCAAAAUACACUUGUCGCAUUGAAGCUGACAAGUCAUUAUACCCAGUGCUGUUAUCAAACGGAAAUCUCAUUGAGCAAGGAGAAAUCGAGGGUGGAAGGCAUUAUGCUCUUUGGGAAGAUCCUUUCAAGAAGCCUUGCUAUUUAUUUGCACUAGUUGCAGGUCAAUUAGAGAGCAGAGACGAUCAUUUCAUUACUCAAUCAGGUCGUAAAGUCGACCUUAAAAUAUGGACCCCUGCUCAAGAUAUACCAAAAACUGCACAUGCCAUGUAUUCUCUUAAGGCAGCAAUGAAAUGGGAUGAAGAUGUUUUUGGUCUUGAGUAUGACUUGGACCUCUUUAACAUUGUGGCUGUUCCUGAUUUUAACAUGGGAGCCAUGGAAAACAAGAGUUUGAAUAUAUUCAAUUCCAAGCUUGUCUUAGCCUCUCCGGAAACUGCCUCAGAUGCAGACUAUGCUGCAAUUUUGGGAGUUAUUGGUCAUGAGUAUUUUCACAACUGGACUGGAAACAGAGUGACUUGUCGCGAUUGGUUCCAACUUAGUUUGAAGGAAGGUCUAACAGUUUUUCGUGAUCAGGAAUUUUCAUCCGAUAUGGGUAGCCGAACCGUAAAGAGGAUUGCUGAUGUUUCAAAGCUCCGAAUUUAUCAGUACCCGCAGGAUGCCGGUCCAAUGGCUCACCCUAUCCGACCUAAUUCUUAUAUCAAGAUGGACAACUUCUACACAGUAACGGUGUAUGAAAAGGGUGCCGAAGUUGUAAGGAUGUAUAAGACCUUGCUCGGAAGCCAAGGAUUCAGAAAAGGCAUGGAUCUAUAUUUCAAGAGGCACGAUGAGCAAGCUGUGACAUGCGAAGAUUUCUUUGCCGCCAUGCGAGAUGCAAAUAAUGUUGACUUUGCUAAUUUCUUAUCUUGGUACUCUCAAGCGGGAACCCCCACAGUAAAGGUUUCUUCAUCCUACAAUGCAGAGAAUCAGACCUAUUCUCUGAAGUUCAGCCAAGAGGUGCCACCAACGCCUGGCCAGCUUACCAAGGAACCCAUGUUCAUUCCCGUUUCUGUAGGGCUUUUGGGCUCAAAUGGAAAGGAUAUUUCUUUGUCUUCGAUCUACCAUGAUGGGAAGUUGGAAUCUAUUGCGAGUGAUAAUCAGUCUGUUUAUACUACAAUACUCAGAGUAACAAAGAAAGAAGAAGAGUUUGUGUUCUCCAAUAUUUCAGAACGACCAAUUCCUUCUCUGUUACGGGGUUUCAGUGCUCCUAUCAGAUUGGAGUCUGAUCUCACUGAUAGUGACCUCCUAUUCCUUCUUGCUCACGAUUCAGAUGAAUUCAACCGAUGGGAGGCUGGACAGGUGUUGGCAAGGAAGUUGAUGCUACAAUUAGUGGCCGAUUUCCAACAAAAUAAACCAUUAGUUCUGAAUCCAGAGUUCGUCCAUGGAAUCAAAUGUAUACUAUCCGACCCCAGCUUGGACAAGGAAUUUAUUUCAAGGGCCAUCACUCUUCCUGGAGAAGGUGAAAUCAUGGACAUGAUGGAAGUUGCAGAUCCCGAUGCUGUACACGCUGUUCGGGCUUUCAUUAAGAAGCACCUUGCAGCAGAGUUGAAAGACGAGUUGCUCAAAACAGUAACAAACAAUAGAAGUUCUGAUGCGUAUGAAUUUAACCAUGCCAAUCUGGCAAGGCGCGCUCUUAAGAAUGUCGCCCUCGGCUACUUGGCAUCUCUGGAUGAUUCGGAUAUGAUUGAUCUCGCUCUGCAUGAAUACAAAACUGCCACAAAUAUGACUGAGCAAUUUGCGGCUCUUGCCACAAUUGCCCAAAAGCCUGGGAAAGUACGCGAUGAAGUUUUAGCCGAUUUCUAUAACAAAUGGCAGCAUGACUACUUGGUUGUGAACAAAUGGUUUGCUCUCCAAGCAAUGUCGGACAUUCCCAAUAAUGUUGAGAAUGUACGCAAUCUUCUAAACCAUCCGGCAUUUGAUCUUUGCAAUCCAAACAAGGUUUACUCACUUAUUGGUGGAUUUUGUGGUUCUCCGGUUAACCUACACGCUAAGGAUGGUUCAGGAUACAAGUUCUUGGGAGAAGUUGUCGUGCAGUUGGAUAAAUUGAAUCCACAGGUUGCCUCUAGAAUGGUGUCAGCUUUCUCCAGAUGGAAGCGUUAUGAUGAAAACCGUCAAAAACAUGCUAAGGGACAGUUAGAGAUGAUCAUGUCGGCCAAUGGUCUAUCGGAGAAUGUGUUUGAAAUCGCCUCUAAAAGUUUGGCUGCUUAGAAAAGUGGUUUUCGUCGUGUUUCGCUUACAUUAAUAUUUGUACUGAUUUGGUUUGAUUUUGCAAAGAACUUUAAGAAGAAACUUAUGUGGGCCUUUUUUUAUAACAUGAUGUUUGGAUGCUCA